GCAAACAUUUUAGUUGUAUUUGUACAAUUUCAGCAGCGCUCGAUUCAGUCUGACUCGUGUCCGAAUCAUUCUGACAGAACCAGUUCAACUGAUUCGCUUAAAAGAAUCGCCGCGAGAGUUCAAAUCUCCAUGGCUUCUGAGAGUACGUAAACAUGGCCACGAGGAAAUAUCUCCGCAGAUCAAUUCAAGAAAGAAAGCGUCUACUUGAGAAAUAUGACCAGCUUCCUCCAAUGUCCAAAGAAGCUGCAGCGCGUCUGCUAAACAUCUCGGGGUCGCUGCUUUGCAUCUGGCUCCGGAAAAGGAACAUAAAAAACGGCAAGUCUAACCUUCCCAGGACCGUCUUCCCAUCCCGCAAGACGCCUCGGGUAGAAGCUGCGGUCCUGAGGUGGAUCGAUGCUUCUCGUGAGAACGGAAUUACGGUAGAUGAUGUAGCGAUUCGUAAAAAAGCGACUCUCGUGGCGAGAGAAAUGGGCCUCUGCGGUUUCAGGGCGAGCACGGUGUGGUUGGCACGCUUCAAAACACGGGAGACCGUAAUACGAGCGAUGUUCCGGGUGGGCCGAAAAACGGGAGACGCUACCAAAGAGCCCAAACCCGGUAACGACAACAAAGCCGCGGAGCCGAAAAGCAGCUUCGAAAAAAAGACUCAUCAAAUCGAAGCCGCGUUGUGGCGGUGGAUCGAUCAAUCUCGCGAGAGCGGCGUCAGCGUAAAUGAGUCGACGGUUUGUUCGAAAGCGGCUCGGUUGGCCAGAACCGUGGGUUUUUGUAACUUCAGGGCGAACACAGACUGGUUCGCCCGCUUUAAGUCACGAGAGGGAGUCGUGCGACAGAUGUUCCGGAUCGGCGCAAAUAAUCGCCCUUCUGAUGAUAAAGCACUGGCACAGUUGGUACCGAGAAUGGAUCUGACAUCUGCAGAGACGCGACAACUUGAAGCCGCGCUUUGGAGGUGGAUCGAUCGGUCUCGGGAGAACGGUGUUGUUACAGACCAGACGAUUCUUUCAGAGGCGACCCGCUUGGCUAGGAUGGCGGGAUUCGGUAACUUUCGGGCAAGCGCGGACUGGCUCAGCCGCUUUAAAACCCGUGAGAAAGUUGUACGAGAGAUGUUCCAGCUCGACCGGUAUUCGGGAGAUCCACAGAGUGACCAAACCGAGCGCAGAAGUGCGUCUGAUCAGGUCACCCAACGGUCUGACAAAAGCUCCGCGGAGCAGUCCGGCGAUGAGAGCGACUCCCUACCGGAUCUGGACAUCCCAAAACUCGAGCCGACGGUGGUCACGGCUGAGCUCGACGGCGGUUCUCACGCGGUCACCGUACCUUCGCUGUGGCAGAUGAGGGAGGCUAUGAAAACACUGGCCACCGGGUUACUGUACAGAGGAUUCUGCGACUUUAAACUCCUUCAUCAGUUUGAAAAAGAGGUUGACGCUGUUUUGAGAAGAUCAGUGGCCCUAAGAGCGCAAAACGGCUCGCAAGCAUAACGACUCUGAGACUUAAGCGUGUUCAUGUUGUUAUGUAGUGUUUCUUUCAGCUCGAUCCUAACGGGACAGGCAGUCCCUCAGAUGACCACGCGGCGGCGCCAAGUGUUCGUUAUAACACACUUUCCUAUGUGUUUCCUGACUACGAAAUGUGGUUCCGUUAGGCUAUUUGUCAACCCAGUUUAUAAUUUGCAGCAUUAACGUGUAUUAAAUUAUUUGUAUGUUUUUAUUUUAGUUCAAAUGCGUAACCACUGACACGAAUGUUUCAAUUACUGACUUUAUACAAAAAUAAAAGCUUUUUAAAAAAA